AUGGAAAGUAUUUUUCAAACAAACAUAAUGGAAUACUGUGUAGCUAAUUGUCUUUUUACUCCAAAGCAACGUGGCUUUGUUUAUCGUAAGUAUUGCAUCUCAAACCUGUUAGAAACUUGGGACAUCAUGAUGGAAGCAAUUCAUCGCAGUCACACAGUAGACGCCAUAUACACAUAUUCUGCAAAGACGUUUGACAAAUUGCCACAUAAAGACCUUCUUUAUAAGCUAAGAGCUUACAGUAUUCAAGAUGUGCUUGUAGACUGGAUCUCAGCUUGGUUACGCAAACGAAGUCAACGAGAAGUUAUCAACGGUAUCACAUCUGAAUGGCUAGCGGUUACUAGUGGUGUGGCUCAAGGCUUGGGACUAUUGCUCUUUGUAAUUUUCAUUAUUGACCUGCAUCAUUCAGGACAGCAUCACUCAUCAUAUGAAACUAUAUGCUAA